UCUGCAAUUGGAUCGUUGUUAGUGAGAGAGCUUCAUACAAGCUCGGAAAUGAAGCUGACCCUUUGUUUCCUAUUGCUUUGUGCCGUGCUGUACGCCGUAGCAACUAACAACAGCUCGAGAACCAAGGACGAGACCCUUCGAGCACCGGCAGUGGAUGGAAUCAAUGGAUUUAGUCUGGAGCAACUUCUGACAAAACUGGAUCAAAUCGAACACAAGUUGAUGGAGCUUCAUCCCGACUAUCAGAAGACAACCACAACACCGAAGCCAAAGUUACCUCCUUUUACAUCGUGUAGGGAUGAACCGUCUAAAGUGUCAGGAGUGUAUCUUAUCAGAGCUAACAACGAUAGUGCACCGUUCAAUGCUUAUUGUGAGCAGGAGAAGUAUGAUGGCGGUUGGAUUGUAGUGCAACAUCGCUUCAACGGUUCGGUUGAUUUUUAUCGCAAUUGGGACGAAUACAGAAACGGGUUUGGUGAGUUGGACGGCGAAUUCUGGCUCGGACUGGAGCGAAUUCAUCAACUCACGACAGCUCGCAAGCACGAAUUGAUCGUUGAGAUCAGGGAUUUUAAGGGAAAGUACCAAUAUAUACGUUACAGUGCGUUUCAAAUAGGCGGCGAGAGUGAGGCGUAUGAAGUGAAAAGCCUAGGAUCGUUUAGGGGCACCGCCGGUGAUGGGAUGGCCUAUAGCCGGGGAGAGAAGUUCUCAACGAAAGAUCGGGAUAAUGGUCCGCGAACCGAUAGACAUUAUGCCGAACUUUUCGAAGGUGCCUGUUGGUACAGCUAUUUCGGUAGUGCUUCAAAUUUGAACGGACGGUACCAGCAUGAUGACCCAGAGAAAUCGAUUUGGUGGAUUUAUUCCAAACGCGAUCAACGAAGAAUAAAAUACACCAGGAUGAUGAUCCGUGAAGUGUAAGAAGCAUGCUGGGCUCACUCUUCGUGCUUCAAUGUAAACGGACAAA